AUAAGGCUUUCGUAGAGUUUUUGUGGGUGUUUGCAUGGAUAAUUUCAUGAGCCUAAGUAUAGUUUGACAAGGGUUCUGCAGUUUAAACGUAAAAAUAAGCUCAUGAGAACGCGAUCGUAGUACACAACCUCCAGCAGAUUCCCAGAAGUACGAUGACGUGCGGAAUUAAGUUUUUACGAGCGAUGUUUACGCAAUCAGUUGAUGUUCCGUUUUACUUUUAUGACAGAGAUUUGUUUUUUGCUUCUCUUUGUAAGUCCUAUGCAUCACGCUGAAUAGGGUUGUAGUUUCGUAUGGAUUGCUGCAUGCUUUGAUAUACGUGUGAUGUGGGUGCAAUUAUUAUUUUUUCUGCAGCGAGGGAGGCAGUUCAAGGUCAAUAAACAAAAACAAAACAAAGAAGCCCACUAGACCCUAUACCAACACGAAGAAACAGAACUUAAGGCCAGAGGAGAAAUUAAGUUUUGUGUGAAGAGGUGUCUUGAUGUCCUCCUCCUGAAAGAGUGCGUAAAUAGUUUCAGAAGCGUCGCGAAAAUUUCAGAACGCAAAAAUAUAUAAGAUUUGAAACGAAAAGACAUUCACUCUCAAUACAACGACGCUACCGAACAACAACAACAAAAAAAAAAGAAUAUAAAUAAUGACACAAGGAAAAUACACAAAUCUCUCUCGUUUGUAGGUUUUCGUCCGCCAAUAAAACAAAUUUCUGAAGUGAAGUUAAAACGUAAAUUAAUGACCAGCGUAUUAGAAGACAGCAACAACAACAACAACAACAACAACAACAACAACAACAACAACAACAACAGAUUAACACUAACAUGACACUUGGGAUUUAACAAAGACAAGAGACUAACACCGGAAAUACAUAACAUGAAUAACAAGGUAAAGGCAUAGCUGGGGGCAUAUGAUACACUAUAGCUUCGCGUGACCUCAGUGCUAAUCUCCGUCACACUAAUCCUUGAGCCUGUGGAGAGUCAAUCUGGGCGAGUGUGACAUCCGGGUUGUUACAGUUUACCCUCCCCAGGUUUUCCCAGGUGUCCAUUUUUCAGUCAGACCAAAAGGGAGGAUGAACAACAAUGAAUAAGAAAACAACAACAACAACAACUGAUUAAUGCGAAGAUACUGGCACCUUGCUAAAUCUAUCCAUCGUUAGUUAGCAGUAGUAGUUAUUUUUAUUUUUGUUGUUAUUAUCAUUAUCAGUCUUGUUGUUGUGGUUGCUAUGUUUUUUUAGGCAAGACAGAUAAUUAAACGCGGUCACUAUCAGGUUUUACGUUAUCAAAAUCUAAUCUAAGUCUCUCCUUCUCUCUCUUUCCCAUACUAUCUCAUUCUUCUCACUUCACGGGCCCGAUAAAGGAUAGGAAGAGCAAAACAAACUAGUGGAAGAAGCCUGCGCGUUACAACGAACCAGAAAACCGUCCGUAAAAUACAUUCUUAGUUCUUGCAUCCGGGAGCGGCGCCAAGACCAGGACGUAAUAGCGGGACCUUUAUGAGUUACUAUCAGCAUAAUGUGAAAAUCCUGUCCCCGAAGUGAUGUGAAAAGUGCCUCACAGAACACACCAAAGCCCGUGAUCAUCAGAGAGUCAAAGCUUGUAAGUGAAGAGAACCACACCGCCACAAGCACCACCACAAGCACCACCACCACUGACGUUACACCACCACCAGUACCAGCAGCAGCACCUCCGUCACCACCACCUACUUCCCACUCCUCUUCGACCCACUCCCUCCUCCUCUUCCUCCUCUUCCUCGAUGGCACGGUCACACCUGAAAUGGCCCAGGUGAAGGACCGUCCCCUGUGGUGGCCGUGACCUGUGGCGAAGACUGCCGGACCGUCCCGUCCCUCGGCAGGCGUGAGCGGCCAUGAUCGACCUCGAGGACGACGCCACGCCCCUCCUGAACCCUUUCUCUCGCAACAGCUCCCUCCGCAUCGCCAGCAGGAGGAAAGUCUACGCCCCCUCCCGCCCCCCCGACGAUGUCCACGCCAGGCCCCCGUUGCCGCCGCGCCCGCAGGGGUUAGCCCCGUUGCUUAGGUCCUACUCAGUCACGGAGGGGGAAGACAACUGGGGACGCGUUAUUCUUCCCCAGGACGGUGAGGCAGCCCAGGCCCCGGACAGUAAGGGCUGCGAGAGUCAGAACGUCCCUCACCGGCCUGACAGGUUCACUCAGCUCCCCUGCGGCGCCAUGGGGCCCGCCGAGCAUGGUGACGAUCACGGGAGCAGCGGGAGAGACCUCCAGCGGAAUGGCCCCCUGUCAGUCUCUUUGCCUCCUGGCAAGAAGAGUCGCUCUGGAAUCUUAGCGAGGUUGUCUUCCCCUCUUGCCACUCGACGAGCGAAAGUGAAACAGGCUGCGCCGCCAAGGACUGAGGUGGAUGUCUCAGGCGACCCAAAGCUAUUCAACCACAGUGAAAGGCCAGCCACAAGCUACAGAAAGCCGCAGACGAAGCUUUCGCCAAGAUCCGCGAUCGUGCCUCCCCUCUACACCCACAAGGCCACACCCACGAGUGAACGACCUCAGUGCAAUCUCACAAGACACGACAGCAUACCUAAAAGGAACAACAGCUACUCUCCGCAACAGACAAGAAACAACCUUUUAGGAAGAUCCACCUCCUUCAGGAGCCGACCCUCAGGAUGGCCCAACGUGAACGAGAUCGUCACGAGGGCCGAAAGGAUCUGCAAUAACACAUCGCCGUCCCCGGGCACAGAGGCGCCGCUGGCAAACCAUCAGAACCAGGGCUGGGAGAGGCAGCAGGCACCGAGGGGCGUUCGCCGGCACUCCUCCCUCCCGCGGCCGUCGCUCAUCGGCAGAAACAGCCCAGUGGAGCCCAAAAUACACGGCCGCUCACCCAGCCCCGCCAGGAGGGGAGACAACGCCCCCCCAGCCGCCACCAGGUCCACCACCCCGACCCCGCCCAGCCCAAGCACCCCCACCACCCCCUCCACCCCCACCCGUGGCCCGAACUUCCCCACCACCCCCACCGGCGGUCCCUUCAGCCCCCGCUCCUUCAGACGCUGUGAAUCUUUGAACCUGGAAGUUAGCAGUCGUUGCCGCUUGUCGAGGAUCGAGAGGGCCAGAGAGAGCAGCAGAGACGGCGGCGGCAACACGAAUGGCCUCGGGGACGGUUACUACAACAAAAGUGUGUUGACGAGCCGCACCUCCUCGGACAGCGGGUACAGCACCUGCAGCAGCGUCUCCAGGAGAAGUUCCAUCGUCUCGGUGGGCGAGGAGGGCAUGAUAGAGUGGUUCGGCAGCCGCCUCAACCUGGAAGAAGAGCCUUUGCCGACCGAACCCGCAAGAGGCCAUUUCUUUUUCUUGCUUGAGAAAGAGGAGGAGUAUCUGCAGUGCCUGGAGAGCAUGCUAAAGGACUACAAGGCCAUGUGCUCCAAGACGCCCUCGCUCAUACGGCAACACUUUGACCUCAUCUUUAGGGAGAUCAGCAUCAUCUACCACUUCCAUCAGGUGUUGCAGGAGGACUUGCAGGAGACACACGGGGACCCGCAGCAGCUGGCGCGCGUAUUUAGAAAUGAACAAUUCCAGUGUUACGGCCGCCUGAUGGUGAUGACACCCGCCGCGCAGAAAGACCUGGUGCAGCACGCCAGCCACAUCAAGGAGCACUUCCCUGACCUCAGACGGAAUAUCCUGAAGCCUGCUCUACGCAUCAACUUCUACGCCAUGAUCCUGGACAGUAUCAAGAAGGAGGCGUCCCCGGACACGAAGGUGGAGCUCCAUGACGCCAUCGACUUCCUCAACCAAGUGAAGCGAAAGGCCAACACAGAGAUGACGCUGAGCACGGUCGUCCACAGCCCCGUCGACCUGAGGCUGGGCGGCGACAUGCUACACAUCGGAGAGCUCACCUACACAGGCGGCGGCACGCUACAGAAGAGAAAGUACCAACUGAUACUUUUCGAACACUUGCUUGUCAUUACAUCCAAGAAGAUUGAGUUAUUCAAGUACAAGAUUCACUACCGCGUCGAGCAGCUCGAGUCCGUGAGGAGUGUUGGUGACAACGAGCUGCUCCUGCACGUGCUGUCCGAGGGCCAGAAGCAGCUGCUGACACACAAGUUCUGGACCAAACACCCGAAAAUCAGGGAUGAGUGGAUCAGCGAGCUGGAGAAAAUCACUAAGCACAAUACGAGGCUAUGUCGCGGGAGAAACUCGAUCACACAACGAAUCCCUCGGCAACAGUACCAGAUGCUGCCGCUGGACCUCGGCUGCGUGUUCCCGUUGGUCAAGGCGGUGGUCAACACGCAGCCGGAAAGGACAGAGUCGACUGCUGAAAUGAGUUUGUCAUAUAUAAAAGACUGCGAAGAUAGGUACAUAAGACAACUUUCGGCUACACUAAACCCCGAGCUCUCGAGACCACCGGGUGAGCUCAGUAACCUGCUGGGAAACCUCUAUAAAGUCCACACUAAACUGUUCCUGCCUGCACUUAAGAGGUUCAAGACGGUGAGCGACUUUCUGGACUUCUUAGUGGAGAACCUGGACGAGCUGUCAGUGUACGAGGACUACCUGGUGGUUCGGUCCCAGCUGACGGUGGAGCUGGACAAUACGCCCCAGGCCGGCGAGUACAUCUUGCCCGUCCAGCACAUGUACGGCGUCUACUUUGGCCUAAUGAAAGAACUGAGCAAGACCGACAAGUGCAGGAGCGCGGCCCAACGUAUCAUCGAAAGGCUCCAGAAACACGUGGAGUCGGCACAGCUACGGGUGCAGGAUGAGGCGAUCUCAAACGGCAGAGUGGACUUCCAGCGCAGUGGCAAACUAAUCUUGUACACUCGGUUGGAAGUGAAGUCAAAUAAGAAAGACAUCCGCGCGGGUGACUACACUGGACUGCUAUUUGAAAACGUCUUGAUUCUGACGCGGCGGAAACGCCCUUACUACGAGCACGUGAUGGACAUCUGGCUGGACCAGGCCAACCUCGGUCGGCCUACCAGCCAUGACUGUACCUUCCGGCUGGAGGUGCGGCAGGGGCGCAAGAAGGAGCCAAUCACCUACGAAAUGUGUACCACCUCACCGGAGAACAAAAAAAUGUGGCAGAAUCACCUGCAUGAGCAACUAAUGGCACAGGUAAACAAGAUCCGACUAAGUUGGAUGCGCAGCACGUAGCAGCGACAACAUCACUUGCGAGAUGGACGUGCGCUGUUCCUGCCACGACCAAGAGUGAGUGGGAGAAGCGCCUCCACGAGCAACUAUUGGCUCAGGUGGACGAGAUCCGACUGAACGAAGCGUGACGUUUAGUGGCGACAGGACAACCGAGGCUGACCUCGUGAACCGCAGCACGCCGCGAGGCUCGGCAGAGACCCGCCGCCUCGGUGGCCUCGAUGUAGUGUGUCCGGAGUGGCCAGCACGUCCCAGGAACGUGUGGCGCCACCGGGGGAACCGUACAAGUGUUUGACGCGGACGUUUACCGCGUGUGCCAGACAAUUCUCAUCCAAAAGUUAACUGGGUACGCAAGAGGCCGCAGUGCAUUGUGUACGUACCUGUAUGGCGUGUUACCUACGUGUUACGUAAAUUAAUGAUGUUGUCUUGUCUCGAUGUUAAAUUAAUAUAUAGUUUUAAGUAUUAUACAUCAGUAUUUUUACGGCACUUGUCUGUGUUACGUGAAUAUUGCCUUAAGACUGACUUUAUAUAUAUAUAUAUAUAUAUAUAUAUA